CAAAGUCAGCAGCGGUGUAAGAUCGAAAACAAAAUUCAAAGGUCUAACAAUGAACCAAACAACUCUUUCAUCACCACACCAUUACCACCUUACAAAUCAACCAAACACAAACACCAAAAACCCAACUCAAUUCCUUCGAUUCCGCCAAAAUGACAAACAAAACCUCCCAGUGUUGCGUUUCGCUGUAAACCCAUCAUCACAGGUUCCACCGGUCGUUGUUGUCGGAUCCGCCAAUGCAGACAUUUAUGUAGAGAUCGACCGCCUCCCAAAAGAAGGCGAAACAAUCUCCGCAAAAAGUGGGCAGACGUUAGCCGGUGGGAAAGGUGCUAAUCAGGCUUGCUGUGGUGCUAAAUUAUCUCAUCCGACUUACUUCCUCGGUCAGGUUGGAAACGAUGCUCAUGGAAACCUCGUCGCCGAUGCACUUCGAGACGGUGGUGUUCGCCUCGAUUAUCUCGCAGUUGUGUCUUCUGCUCCGACUGGGCAUGCAGUUGUUAUGCUUCAGUCUAGUGGCCAGAAUUCUAUUGUUAUUGUUGGUGGUGCUAAUGUGAGUUGUUGGCCUCAGACUCUGCCACCUAAGCAGUUGGAGGUUGUUUCGUCCGCUGGGAUUGUUCUGUUGCAGAGGGAGAUCCCUGAUUUUGUUAAUGUUCAAGUGGCAAAGGCUGCAAAGAGUGCUGGUGUGCCAGUAAUAUUUGAUGCCGGGGGAAUGGAUGCACCUAUUCCACAAGAAUUACUAGAUUUCGUUGAUAUUUUUAGUCCCAAUGAAAGUGAACUUGGUCGCCUUACAGGACUUCCGACUGAAAGUUUUGAAGAGAUUACACAGGCUGCUGCCAAAUGCCAUAAAUUGGGUGUUAAGCAAGUUCUCGUGAAACUUGGUGCCAAAGGAUCUGCCCUUUUCAUAGAUGGAGAAGAACCAAUUCAGCAACCUGCCAUUUUUGCUAAAACAGUCAUUGAUACAACUGGAGCUGGUGAUACUUUCACUGCUGCUUUUGCUGUGGCCUUGGUGGAGGGCAAGUCCAAAAAGGAAUGCCUCAGAUUUGCUGCUGCUGCAGCUUCUCUAUGUGUGCAAGUCAAGGGAGCCAUUCCCAGCAUGCCGGAUAGGAAAUCUGUUCUCGAACUUCUUAAUCAUCAUUGAAGAGAUCACAAUAAGGACUCCUUAUUAAGGAGUAGCAGGAACAGGAUAACUGUGCAUGGCAAAGAGAAGACCCUUGUAAAUGACAGAAAACAAAACUUUAUGAAGAAGCUUUUUUUGUAGAUGGGCACUUCUCGAGGUUGUAGUUUGUUUGUCAUUUCAAUAAGACAAGGUUAGUUUAAAGGGUUCACCUAAUAGUCAUGGUUAGAUUUUGAAAGGUCAACCCUUAGGUAAAUUGUAUAAAAUGGAUGGUUCAAGUUUGAUUUUGGAAACUUGUUUUAUAAGUUUAUUAUGAAGUUGCACUUGAAUGAUUACUUGUAAAAUCUCUUCUCUGUCUAAAAUUUCGUUUUGUCUUCA